AUGGGUGGAAAUGGCAUUAGAGCUUUGGUUGGAGUUGUUAUUAUUGUGUUUGUUCUUGUCGGAAUCUUAGCAAACUCUGCACCAAGUGUUCCAUCAACAGAGAAUGUCAAGACUGUGCAGUUUAGUGGUAAGGAUGUGAAUCUGUUUCAUGUGAGCAAGCGAAAGGUUCCAAAUGGACCUGAUCCUAUCCACAACAGGAAAGCAGAAACUUCGAGACAGCCACCACGAGUAUGA